AUGAGGAGAAUUGAGCCGUUGCCGGAGCGUGUUCGGAGUACCGUGCGUUCUGGGAUUAUUUUGUAUGACUUGGCUAGGGUCGUGGAAGAGCUGGUGUUCAACAGUCUCGAUGCUGGAGCCACAAAGGUCUCGGUUGCGGUGGGUGUUGCAACAAGCUUUGUGAAAGUAUCAGACAAUGGGUCUGGUAUUGAUCGCGAAGGACUUCUACUCUUGGGAGAAAGAUAUGUAACUUCAAAACGCAAUCAAUUGGCUGAUCUGAGCAGCAACAGUGGAUUUGGGUUCCGUGGAGAAGCACUGUGCUCUAUUUCUGAUGUUUCUGUGUUAGAAAUAGUUUCAAAAGUCCAGGGCAUGCCACAUGGAUAUCGAAAGGUGAUGAAGGGCUGCAAGUGCCUGUACCUUGGAAUCAGUGACGAUAGGCAUGAUGCAGGUACUACAGUCAUUGUUCGUGAUUUGUUUUACAAUCAACCAGUUCGGAGAAAGCAUAUGCAAUCCAGCCCCAAGAAGGUCCUACAUCUGACCAGGGAAUGCGUGCUGCGAAUUGCGCUGGUGCACUCCAGGGUUUCCUUCAAAGUGAUCGAUGCUGAGAGUCAGGAUGAACUGCUUGGAACAUCUUCUUCCUCUUGUUCUCUGUCAUUACUGUCUUCUAAUUUUGGCAUUCAAGGUGCAUCAUCUCUUUACGAACUUAACGCCUCUAAAGGAGAACUCAGGCUUUCGGGAUACCUUUCUGGUCCCUCGGGCGUUUUGUCUCUCAAGGCUCUCCAGUAUAUAUAUAUCAACUCAAGGUUUGUCUGCAAGGGACCAAUACAUAAGUUGCUGAAUCAGUUGGCUGCUGUUUAUUUGGAUGAUAAGGCACAUAAUGCUCAUGGACAGAUUGAGAAGCCUUGUAGUAGAUCUUUGGCAUGCCCCUCAUUCAUACUGAACCUCUCUUGCCCAAGAUCUCAUUAUGAUGUAACCUUUGAGCCUUUAAAGAAUUCUGUUGAAUUCGAGGAUUGGUGUCCUGUCCUGAGAUUCAUUCAGGACACAGUCUCCCACUUUUGGAGUGAAAAUGUCUCUGAUGAUUUGCCAGAGUAUCGUGAAAUCAAGAGAAAGAAGAGUAGGACCCAUCAGGAGCAAGCUCCUGUUCAGGUGCCCAUUUUACCAUCAGAGAAGCUUGUUGAAGACGGCAAUAGUUUGCCUCCCCUAAAAGCGAGUUCCUCUUCAUAUCCAAUGUCCAGUGAAGAUGCUUCUGAUGUGAAAAAGCCCUUGGAUGAUCCCUUUUUAGUCGAAGGAGCUUACCGUGGUCUUGGUUUAAAUGAUAUGUCGCCGUUUUCAUGUGAAGUGACAACAAAUCAAAUGAGUCACAAUGCUGAUUUUGCAUCUAGUAAACCGUACUCUAAUGAAGACAAUUAUGUGUUGAAAGAGUUAUCUAUGAAAGAUUCCAGAUGUAAGCAAGUAGACUUCUCCCUAGAGUCAGAAUGGCGGAAUGCUUCUCUCGAAAUGAAGGACCAGAGUACUUUCCCAAUUAGGACAACACGGUGUGCAAAUUUUCAUGAAUUUGUAAAUGCUGACCAGGUUUUUGCAAAACCAUCUUUACUGAGUCACUCAAAGGGAAUGCGCCUGCAAGAUUUGGGUUCGUCAUUUCGUGGUCACGCAGGAAUGGAGUUUGUCAAUGCUGACUUCAAUAAGCAGACAAUGUGGUUUGACAUCGGUGAGGAAGUUGACGUUGGAGACCAAGUUGUUAUGGACCAGAUCGCUAUCCCAAUUAGGAAUACACUAUUUCCUAGUUUUCAUGAAUAUGCUGAUGUUGCAAAUGCUAACCAGGUUUCUGCAAAACCAUCUCAAUCGAGUCACUUAAAGGAAAAGCUCCUGCAAGAUAUUGGGCUGCCAUGUACAGGUGAAGGAGUAAUGGAGUUUAGCAAUGUUGAUUUCAGCUUGCAGACAAAGUGUGUUGAUCUUGGUGUGGAAGUUGAUGCCGGAGACCAAGUUGAUAUGGGCCUGAUCAUUGAGCAAAGUCAGCCUAGGCAUGAUGUUGCCAAACCUUUGUGGUGGUUGUCAAGGUGCUCUAAUCAACAUGACAAAAUUUUGAAAUCUAAGCCAUUGUCACAUGAUAUGAGGACAAACUUAACUGCUGGAGAGUGGUCAGAUGAAGAAAACUAUCAUGAGUCUCAUUCACAUAAACGUAGCAAAAUAUUAGAUUCUAUGAGCCUGUCUUCUAUUUCUGAAUGGUCGCAAAGGAUGCCAAAUUACUUAUCUGACCAGAUUCUUGAUACUGAUAAGUUUAUUGGCGGGGAUGUACAUUUUGAAGCUGGAAUUAGUUCUGGGUAUGGCUGUUUUCGAGAUGAUAACGAAGAUAAAUACCACAAAUCUGAUUGUGACGAUUGGCUAGGUGCAGAAUGUACUGAUUUCUCUGAUUGCAAGUAUUAUGCUAGUCUUCAGGAAGAUAUUGGUGAAGUUGGAGGUUAUAAUCUCGCAAAUCCAUGCUUAUCAAAAUGUUCUGAUCUAUUUUCUGAUGAAGUGAAUCAGGUGUGUAUGAAUGCAGACAAAAGUAAAGUUCAGAAUACUUCAAAUGCCUCUUGUCACAAGUCUGUAUCAACUCAGUUAGACAGGAAUAAGAUUGGAAUGAUCAAAAUAAGGAAUAAAGAAUCUCAGUAUCAAAAGACAGAAGCAAGGAGAAGCAAUUCAGCUCCACCAGUUUACAAGGGCCGGAGAAAAUUUUUGGAUCUUCAUUCACUCAAAAUAGAAGCACAACAAAGUGAUUCCGUUGACACAAAUUCCCCAGAAACUGGCAACAUUAGGCAUGAGUCCAGAGCAUUUGAUGAGAGGCACUUUUUUUCGAAAGAGAUUUAUGUGAAUGAUUCUUUGUGUGUUCCCAGGCUGGAAAAUGAAGGAUUUCAACAGAAUGGUCAGUGCAUCAAUAGCAGCUUUCCAAAUCAACAUGAAGAUACCAUGUCAAAGGAAAAUCAAGAUAAUUCCAAAUUUGACCUGAAGUGGCGGAAAGAUUGUCAACUAUCUAUUGGUGGAGGUGGUAUUAAGGAUUUAUCUGUUAUACAAGGAGUAAUGAAGUCACGAAAUGCUGGAGAUCAUGAUACCAUACUUGAUGUCUUAUCUGGGACUUUGCACUUUGCUGGUGAUUCAUUGGUUCCAACUUCUAUCAGCAAGACAUGCCUCCGAGAUGCAAAAGUUCUCCAGCAAGUUGACAAGAAAUUCAUUCCAGUUGUGGCUGGAAAUAUACUUGCCAUUAUUGACCAACAUGCUGCAGAUGAAAGAAUCCGACUGGAAGAGCUUCGACAGAAGGUAUUGUCUGGAGAGAUGAAGCAAAUCACCUAUCUUGAAGCUGAGAAAGAAUUAGUGGUCCCUGAAAUUGGUUACCAAUUGUUGCACAGCUAUGUUGAACAAAUCCGAGAUUGGGGUUGGAUUUGUGACAUCCAUGGUCCAGGCUCUAGGUCCUUUGCGAAGAAGAUGAAUGUACUGCACAAACAGCAAACUGUUGCUAAACUUGUCGCUGUACCUUGUAUUUUAGGAGUGAAUUUGACAGAUACGGAUCUGUUAGAAUUUCUUCAACAGCUUGCUGAUACAGAUGGAUCAUCGACUAUUCCACCUUCAGUUCUUCGAAUCCUAAAUAACAAGGCGUGCAGGGGUGCAAUUAUGUUUGGCGACACAUUGCUGCCUUCAGAAUGUUCACUUAUUGUGGAAGAGCUGAAGAAGACUUCAUUGUGUUUUCAAUGUGCUCAUGGGAGGCCAACUACGGUUCCUCUUGUCAACCUGGAUGUCUUGCACAAGCAGAUUGAUAAGCUCGCACUACGUGGAAAGGGUUCACAGCAGCUGUGGCAUGGUCUUAGAAGGCAGGAAAUCAGCUUAGAGCGUGCAGCAUCUCGCUUGAGCACGGCUAUGAUAUAG